UUUCCCCUAAAUCCUUUCCCCCCCUAAAUCUUUUCUCCCCCCAAAAAAUAAUUAUGCCCAAAACUAUCCCACUAAGUUAACUUUUACCCAAAUUAUAUGAAAACUUCCGUAUUUCUUCUUCCCUAAAACAGGCUCUACUCAUCUAGUUAAGAAGAUUAGGGUAGAUUUUGUGAAAAUUGCCGAUGGAGAUGCUUAAUUUCUUCUAAUUGGUCUUCUCAAAAGUCAAAAACCUCUUUAUUUGGGUCUGGUGCACAUCAGUUUCAACUGGGAAGUUCCUCUUCUUAGGGUUAUAAUUGCUAAAAACUUGUUUCAAGAAAGAACAAGUCAAGGUUCAAUUGUGCAAAUUAGGAAUUCUGAAGAUUAGCGGACAAAGGCCAGUUUAUAAAUGGCAGAGGUUUCAGAAGGACAUUCUUGUUUCAGAAAAUUGUGACAAAAGCAAUAUAAGUGCUAGGUUUGUAAAUGGCAAUAUUCUUUGUGUUAAAUAUCCAAAACUAAUCACUUCAGAAGGAAAAAAGGAUAAAAAGUUGCCCGUCUCAGUUAGUGAACGACAGAAAAAGGAAGAACAAGCUACAAGCCAAAAGACCACUUUAAAGGAUAAUGUUGAGAAUGCUCCUGCAAAAGAGCCAGUACUGAAAGAAGAACCAAAGACAAAUAGUCCAAAAACUAAUGAACAAACAGAACCAAAAAGCACCUCAGAAGAUGGAAAAACAACAGGUUCAUUUACCACAUAUCAGACAGUAUUUCCUCGAGGGAAUGACUGGAAACCUAAGGUCCAGAUAAUGGCAGAUAAAAAGGCAUCUAGCUCCCUUGUGGUAAAACCCAAGGGCAAUAACGAAGAAGGCAUCUCAGCCCCCGACAAGCUUGUAAAGAUGCUGACUCAGAUGUGCAAGGAUGAAGGUAUUAUCCCAGCUAAUGAAUAUAAAGACCUACUGAUAAGAGAGAUGAGCACUCAAGAUGGGUCACUAACGAGAAAGGGCCUAAGGAUGUUUGUCCUUGGAGUGAGAGCAGAAAAAUUGUAUAGUAAUCAGCAAGUUUUGAGAGAGACCAUGUCAUCAUUAUCUCAGGAAAUCUCUAAACUUGUUAAGAUUCAGAAACAGAUAGAAGAGACAAGACUCAAGGUAGAGUCAGGGAAUAUGUCCUUUAUAGAAAAGCUCUCAUCUGAGAUUCCCCAGGUGAUAGAGGAGACUAUCCUGAGACAGAAUGAAUAUGAUCCGUACGAGCAAAGGGAAGACAUGGGGGAGGUGAUUUCGAGUACUCUUGGGAAAGUUGAUGUCGGAAAACCAGCUGCUAGUCAACCCUAUCGCGCUCCAGCCACUAUUAAGUCCCAUCCAAUACAUGAAAAUAAACGUGAAUCAAUGGAUGACAUCAGGCCAUUGAUAACUCCUGAUAAGUUAGAGAAUAUUGAUCUAACUGGACUUGCUUUCUCAGAGGAAGAGGAUACUUUUGUUAAUGUCGCCAUUCAAGAGCUAAAUCUGACAAAGAAGAGUGUCUUGUCAGAUAGAAAAGCAAUCAAUGCAAUGCUGUACGGUCCCUCCAAAGAACCAGUGAACAAACAAGAGUUAAACCAGAUAACGACGACGACAACAACAACAACAAUAACAAUAACAAUAACAACCGUUCCUAAGUUCCAAACAAGUUGGGGUCGGCCGGUGAUUUGUUCGCAAAGGCCGGUGAAUCCACAGUGUUGGGCGAAGCUCAUGACGUGGCACAAAGCUAGUAUUUCCAUCAAGGUAUUUCAAUUUUAUGAGUUUUGAAUUUUAAAACGACAAUUUCAAUAGGUAAUAAUUGGAGUCUAAAUUUUUUCUUUCUACAUAUGUAAUGAAUAUCAAAACACAUACGCUCUGUUUGAUCAAAGGCUAUUAAAUUUGGCCAAACCAGUGUAUGGGCUUCUACCUCUG